AUGGGGAAUGCAUCAGAGUGGUGAUCGAGUUAGGUGGACGGGGAAGGCAGCAGGAAUGCAAUCGGGGGAAGGCAAAAGCAAUAGUGUAGGAAAGUAAUGUGGGGAAGUGAAUGGGGAAAGCAGCGAGGAGGAGAUAAUGGAAAAAAGAAGGGGGAGGGCAGCGGGGAGCUGAACAGGGAAGCAGCAGUGCGGCAGUGGAGACAGCAGGAAAGCGAUCAGAUUAGAUGAGCAAGGAACACAGCAGGGAGAGGCAGAGAGUAGGCAAUCGAGAAGGCAGCAGAAAUGCCAUUGGGGAGGCGAUCAGGGAAGAGAGUGGGGGAAACGGUCUUCAGUGGGGAGGUGAAUGCAGAAGGCAGCAGGGAAGAGAUUACAGAAAGCAGUCAGGAGAAGAACGUUGCCGAUGAACAGGGGAGGCAAGCGUGUAGGCGAUUAGGACACAUGAUGACGAGGCAGCCAGGGCAGGACUAAGAGGGACUAACGUAAGCAAAAAAGUACCUCCCACAUCUGCCCGCCCAGUCCUGCCUAAGUGGAUAUGCUAUUGCUUCUGCCUUUGGAACGGCCGUCGGCCACUGAGAGAUAUGGAGAGGAGCCUUGGACCGGAAACUCUGAAAUCUCAGUGUUCUGCCAACUGCCCUCCUGGCUACAGAAAAGUCCCACAGAAUGGAGCGCCGUCCUGCUGCUAUGACUGUGUCUCAUGCUCAGAGGGGGAGGUCUCCAAUUUAACUGAUUUGGAGAACUGUGUAAUAUGUCCGGACUAUAAAUGGCCAAACCAUGGGAAGACAUUGUGUCUUGAGAAACCACAUGAGUUUCUCUCAUAUGAAGGAGACCCCCUAACUCUAAUCUUUAAUGUCAUCACUUUGGUUCUUUUUUUAAUAUCACUGAGUAUGUUGGGAAUUUUUAUUUCAUUUCGAGACACUCCGGUAGUGAAAGCCAAUAAUCGUAAUCUGAGCUUCCUCCUCCUUGUCUCCAUCAAGCUGAGCUUUCUCUCUGUGUUUCUGUUCCUUGGCCGUCCUGUAGAUAUAACCUGCAUGCUCCGGCAAACCUCUUUUGGAAUCACCUUCUCCACAUCUGUCUCUUGUAUCCUGGCCAAGACUAUAAUGGUUUGUGUUGCUUUCAAAGCCUCCAAGCCAGGGAGCUCCUGGAGAAAAUGGAUGGGGCCCAAAGUGGCAAAUUAUAUUGCUUUUGUUUGUUCAGUCAUCCAAAUAGUAAUUAGUGUUAUCUGGUUGGUCAUUUCUCCCCCAUUUGCAGAAGAAAACAUACAUUCUGAACCUGGAAUAAUAAUCAUUCAGUGCAAUGAGGGCUCAGUAGUUGCUUUCUAUAUUGUCCUCUCCUACAUGGGAUUGUUGGCAUCUGUGAGUUUCAUUGUAGCUUUCUUGGCUCGGACAUUACCGGACAGUUUUAAUGAGGCCAAGUACAUCACUUUCAGCAUGUUGCUCUUCUGCAGUGUUUGGAUCACAAUGAUCCCGGCCUAUCUGAGCACCAAAGGCAAAUACAUGGUGGCAGUGGAGAUAUUUGCCAUAAUCUCUUCAAGCUGUGGGCUUCUCUUCUGUAUAUUUCUACCCAAAUGUUAUAUUAUUUUACUAAAACCAGAAAUAAACACAAAGCAAUAUUUACUGGGAAAUAAACAGAAAAUCACAGAAAGUCUUUGAUAUAUUGCAUACAUAUUUACCAACUAUAAUACACUGCAUACAUACAGUAAUAUAUAUAUAUAUGUUGCAUUAUUAUAAUAUGUAGGUAUAUAUAUUAUUUCUUACUAUAAAUAUAUGAUUUCAACCAAUACUGAUAUUUCAUUGCUUUUCUAUUAAACAAUAAAGCUUUUAUGUCUAAUAUGCAAAGAUGUGUGCUCGCUUUAAAGAAGGUCUUAAAGUCUAAUUCAAUGCACCCUUUCAUUGCCUGACAUUUUCUGUCUCAGUCACCUGCGUCAC